AAUGGGUUGACUGACAAUUUGUUGCUUCAGCUUCUUGCUUCAACACCGACAGUGAUGCCUUUGCACCUUCAUUAUGAUAAUGACAACCCAAAUUCAGUCUUGAGCUGGUUGGAGCGUUGGUCGAUCUCCCGUUUUUGGAAACCAGCUCCAAGACCAAAGAAAACUUCUGAUUCAAAAUCUCAGAGGAAGCAUGGUAAUGAGCAGACUGUUGAGACUGAAACUGGCAGCAGACCAAAACGGAGUGUGAGGAAAGUCCCUGCUGCAAAUAUCGACAGUUCCUCAGCUCAACCAACCAAUGAAUUUGAGAAACCCAAACGCAACAUUCGGAAAGUUUCAAGUAAUCCAGCAGAUACAAUGCAGGAAAAUCCACAAAGUGAGCUUGAAAAGGUAAAGCGGAACUUGAGAAAAGUUCAUAAUCCAGUAGUAGAGAAUUCUGUCCAGCAAGAAGUUGAAUUUGAGAAGCCAAAGCUCAAUGUUGAAAAGGUACCGACCAGUUCAGGUCAUGAAAUUUUGGAACAGGGCCUGAAUUAUUUAGGUGAACAGAGUGUUAACUCUUUGAGUGAGAAGAUCAAGAAUGAGACAGCCUUGAAAGUGGUCAAGCAGCCUGAGGCUGAAAUUUCCCAAGCACCAUUAGAAAUGACUGAGACAUUGGAUUUGUCAUCUAUUGUUGAGCCUGUAGAUGAGUCAAAGCCUUUGGUUGAGAGCGAGAAUAAAGAUGAGAAUAGUCCAAAAACAAAUGGGGAACUGAACCAUAAGGAGGAUAUGAUCGGCAAUGAGAAUCAAAAAACAAGCAGAAAAGCUUCAGUUGCUGCAAAGCAAGAACGAGCAGAAAAUGGGAUUCAGAAUAGUCCUACACUCCCAAGCUAUAUGCAAGCAACUGAAUCAGCGAAGGCAAAGCUGAGACUGCAAGGUUCCCCAAGAUCUGCACCCCAAGAAGGGACUGAGAAAAAUAAUGUUGCUCGACGACAUUCUCUACCUUCAUCAACUAACAGCAAAAUCAGCUCCCAGUCACCAAGGACACAGAGAGUGGUACAUGCAGCUGGAAAAGGUGGGAGUAAAGGUGAAAGGGCCACGUUAGCAUCGCGAGAUGGAAACGCUAAGGUGACCCAAGUAGAAUGGAGAAGGUGAUUUCCCGGAAGUCUAAAGAAGUUAGUGAAAAGGGGUAACUCAUAUCUGUAGUCUAUUGUUCUUUAAUGCACCUGUUUUUUUUUUUUUUUUUUUUUUUUAAAGAUUAUCCUUUGUUUAAACCAAGUAAACU